UCACGUUGUUGAUUGUUUUGAUAGCGCGGAAUGGGUUGUUUUUGUGAAAAUUCGUGAAGAAAACAGAGGAAAAUGCGAUACGCACAGUUGGUGAUGGGGCCAGCAGGAUGUGGCAAGUCCACCUAUUGCAGCACCAUGCAGAAACACGCAACAGAUACACAGAGAGUCAUCAAUAUAGUUAAUCUCGAUCCAGCAGCAGAAGUAUUCGACUACCAGCCUCUUGUGGACAUAAGGGAUUUGAUUAAUGUUGAGGAUACAAUGGAGGAUGAGGAAUUGCACUUUGGACCAAAUGGAGGACUUGUCUUUUGUCUGGAAUACCUGAUAAAAAACUCAGAUUGGCUCAAGGAUCAGCUCUGUGGAGGAUCUGAUGAGGAUAUUGAGGGAGAACCGGAUGAUGACUAUAUAAUUUUCGAUAUGCCUGGACAAAUAGAACUCUAUACACAUCUCUCAGUGGGAAGGGAUCUUGUGCAGCUGCUGCAGUCAUGGAAUUUUCAAGUAUGCAGUGUUUUCCUCCUGGACUCUCAGUUUAUGAUUGACGGAGCUAAAUUCAUCUCCGGGACCAUGGCAGCACUCAGUGUAAUGGUAAACGUUGAGUUGCCCCAUGUAAAUAUCCUCAGUAAAAUGGAUCUCUUGAGCAAGGGUGCCAGGAAGCAGUUAGACAGGUACCUUGAGCCUGAUCCAAUGGCUCUUCUCAGUGAAGUCAACACUGAAUCUGCUUGGGGCAGGAAGCACCAGAAGCUGUCUGAGGCAAUUGGAAAUCUCAUUGAUUCCUUCAGUCUGGUCAGAUUCAUCCCACUCGACAUCAGUGAUGAAGAAAGUGUCAAUGAAGUGCUCAUGAUCGUGGACAAUGUCAUCCAAUAUGGAGAGGACUUUGAUGUGAAAACCCAUGAUUUUGAGACCCCAGACCCGGACGACGAGGAAAUCUAAAGAAAGAUUCUCCACUGUUCUCUCAAUUUUAUUAACUCUGGGAGAUUUUGAAUAAAUAAGUCAGGUGAAA